CUCGCGCCCCGUAGUUCUGCCAAUGUCCGCCCGCCGACACCGGGCGUUUCACUUCCAUGGCACUUCGUCUGUCUCCUCAUUCUACUAUUUUAGGCACACCUGCUACGGUUUCGUGCGAACAAAACCACGUGGCUUGGGAACCCAACCCAACAACCAGAAACAACCAUUUUAAUCAACUCGUGGAUUCAAGAUUAAAUCUAUACCGUGGGGUUUUUCCCCAUCAAUUGCAACUGUGCAACACUGCUUGAGAGUACAGGACAAAUAGAAUAAAUAUACAUGGGGGGUUCUCGUGGCUCUUCAUGGCCGGCUCGCCAACCAGGCCGGCAUCAUCUCAGACCAGAGGCCAUCCGGACCCGGUCUGAG